CAACAAAAUGGCAGAUAAUAUGUGGAGGCUAUUACCAAAUAAGCACCACUGACUUGAGUAGAGAAAUAUUACAGAAGCCACACCUGUUUGUUUAGCUAUCGAUCCGUCAUUUAAAAUGAUAACCUUGUUAAACAUUACCAACCCGAAAUACCUGUUGAACAGCUGGUACAGUAACAUUUGGAACACCUGUGUGAAGCAUACAGCCGUUCUGGAAUUAGACCAUGUGGUUGAUCUUAGAUAUAUUAUGAGCAACAUAUGUUACCAUACAUGGAUUAAGGCACCCAGAAGACUGCAUGUUACUCAAUACCACAAAUGUUGAGGACCAAAAUUGGGUUGAAACUUGCUAACCACACCUGAAACAUGAAGCCAGAAUGGAGAAAACCACAUCUAAAGGUGAUCAUGAUGGGCAAUUCUGGUGUGGGAAAGUCCUCCCUCAUGAACCGCUUUGUCAACCAUCGCUUCACCAAUCUGUUCCGUGCCACAAUUGGCACAGACUUCCUCACCAAGGAGAUCUCUGUGGAUGGGCGAUCUGUGGUUCUCCAUAUCUGGGACACCGCAGGUACUGAGAGGUUCCAGUCUUUAGGGACGGCCUUCUUCAGAGCGUCUCACUGCUGCCUGCUUGUGUUUGACGUCACCUCCACAGCCUCCUUCUAUGCCCUGGACACUUGGCUUCACGAAUUUCUCUCACAGCAGGUCAAGCCUCUAAGCCCCACUAACUUCCCACUCGUGGUAGUGGGCAACAAGACAGACCUGAAGAACAGGCAGGUAUCCAGAGAAGAGGCCCAACGAUGGUGUCGGGUAGCAGGAGCGGAUUACAUCGAGGGAAGUGCAAAAGAGGACGUUAACGUGGAGAAAUCAUUCCAUCAGGCUGCGUGUGCUGCACUUCAGUAUUUUGAGGUGAAGGACUCUGUGGACACCACUGAUGGCAAGAUCCAGAUUAGUGAAAAUCCGAGUGAGAUCCGUCGGGAUAAGUGCCAGUGCUGACCAACUCCGCCACUGGACCUGA